AUGUCACGAUGUUUCAGACGGCGGGCCCUGUCGAGUCCCGAGGCUCUGUAUUUGUUGCUUGCCAGUUGGCCGUACACGUGUGAUGCUUCGGGGCGCCUCAAGGUCUGGCUUUUUGGAUGGUUGGCACUUUCCUGGCCUGGCACGAUGAUGCUGGCUUUCGUAGCACGAAGGAAUUUUCGUGGCUCGAUAUGCAUCGAGUUGGCUCUGAACACCUUCGGCUUUGCAUGGUUAAUGUUUGGCAGUGUCGAGUGCUGGGAAGCAGAGGACUGCGUAGAUCAAGCUCCAUUGCUGUUCUGGUUCGCGUUUGUGACGACAAUCUUAGUCUGGGCAACACUCAUUCUGACGAUGUUCUGCCUGAUUGUGACGACUGUCCUGUUCGUCCUUUUGAAGUAG